AUGCUCUACCUUGUCAAUGCUGAAAUGGCCAAAGGGGUCCAGGGCACAGUUUGGCCAGAGCCUGUGAUUCUUUUGCAGGAGGAGGAGGCCCUGCUGUCAGAAAUGGAUGUGACAGGCCAAGCCUUUGAAGACAUGCAAGAACAGAACAUCCGCCUGAUGCAGCAGCUGAGGGAGAAGGAUGAUGCCAACUUUAAGCUGAUGUCAGAACGUAUCAAGUCCAACCAGAUCCAUAAGCUGCUGAAAGAGGAAAAGGAGGAGCUGGCUGACCAGGUUCUGACACUGAAAACACAGGUGGAUGCCCAGCUGCAGGUUGUACGGAAGCUGGAGGAGAAGGAACACUUACUGCAGAAGAGUAUUGGAACAGGAGAGAAGGAAUUGGGUCUGCGAACACAGGCCCUGGAAAUGAACAAAUGCAAAGUGAGCAAUGCCUUUGUUUUCUCUUGGUGGAGCUGCUGCCUUGUGGGAGUCAUAGAAGGCUCUGAGCUCUCAUUGGCAUUACAGAACCUGAUACUCCCUGGUUUUGGAUGAGUAUAUCAGAAGCUGAGGAGUCCUGCAGAGAAC